AUGGUCCUGAAUGGGGAAAUCGAAGCAGCAGAGAUGGGAAGUGGCGGCAACGGCCCCUUCAUGUGCGUCUUCUCUGUACAGCAUGGACCCGACUGGACGCUUCUGACAGGGGUGCCCGACGGGAUUACGCAGCUCGCGUGCAGUUCCAUCGCAGCCACUUCAGCACCCUCUUGGCGAGGGGGACUCUCCGAGGUCGUCUGGAGCUUCCCCCUUGGCCUGGUCUACAAGUCCACUUCGCCGUUCGGAUGGCCACGGCUCGUGGUGACUGUCUAUGGAACAGAUCUUUGCAAUCGGCGAGUCGUCAAGGGCUACGGAUCUGUUCACGUGCCCUGCCAGCCUGGCAGGCACACGCGCACGAUACGCCUUUACUGCCCCCUGUCGUCCAGCCCGCUAACCAGACUGCUGGGUGCGCUCUUUGGCAACCCUGCUCAGCUGGUGGACCCCCGCAUCCUAGCCGGAACGGAUGGACGCGAGGUAAUCCGAGUGCAAUCAGGCGGCAAGGUCCGGGUCAAUUUCGACGUGCUACUGAAAGACACAGAGCCCUUCAAUUAUGCAUUCUGA